CUUCGAUAUGCUAAAGAAAGAUUAUUCAAUUAUAUCAAAAUAUUAGUUUUGUGAUUUGCUGAAGAUGCCGGACUAUUUGUGGAAACAACUGGGAAUAUCAUUAUGCGUGUACGUAGGCCAGAUUCUAGUCGGCUACUGUAUGGGCUGGACUGCCCCCGUCAUCGUGAAGCUGCAGAACCCCGAGGAGACACCCUUGUCGGGGCCCAUCUCUGAUGCACAAGCCUCGUGGGUGGCGUCGGUGAUCUACAUUGGUACCAUUACUGGGCCUUACGUCUCCGGGUACUUAUCAAACAAGAGAGGGAGGAAGCUGGCUCUCUUCUUAGGAGGGUUUAUGACCCUGAUAUCCUUCAUCGUCCUGGCCACAGCCGUCAAUAUGACCAUGCUGCUCGCUGGGAGGAUCUUCGUCGGCUUCGGAGCGGGGAUCAUGUUUGUCACCAACUUUGUGUAUUUGGGGGAAAUUGCAUCCACAAACAUCAGAGGCUUACUGCUAACGGGAACAGCGAUCUUCACCACUUUUGGCACUCUCCUGGUCUACUCCACUGGUCCAUACAUUUCUUUCGCUGCCACCUCUUACAUAGGCGUCGCUCUAACUGUGCUAUACAUAGUCGGAAUUUGUUUAAUUCCUGAAACACCAAAUUUCUACGUUAUGAAAGGACAAGAAAAACUAGCGCAAGACACCCUGAUAUUCCUAGGCAGACACAACGAAGUUAGCAACGUGCUGUCAACUAAAAAUGAAGACGAGGAAUCCUUAGCCAAUGAACUGAAAGAGUUAUUAACCAUCAAAGGAAACCGCAAAGCCCUCUCCAUAACUCUAACCCUGAACAUAUUACAGCAAAUGAGUGGAGUGGUGGUUGUCAUCCUUUUUGCGACGAGAAUCUUUGAGUUGGCUGGUUCGACGAUACAGCCGAAUCUAGCCACUAUUAUCAUUGGAGUAACGCAGUUAGUUGCUAGUAUAAUUUGCUCCGGUUUUGUUGAGAGAGUCGGCAGAAAGGUGCUACUGCUAUGGUCUACUGCAGCGUGUUUCUUGACUCUGUCAGUAUUAGGGACAUACUUCUAUCUGGACCACCUUCAGAUUGACGUCGAGGUCAUAGGAUGGUUGCCGCUCGUCUGUCUGGUCAUAUUCUUUCUGGCCUUUGAUCUGGGUUUCGGCAUAAUCCCCGGCACGUUCACCGGCGAAAUGUUCCGCAGUAACGUCCGCAGCACCGGUUCGGCCAUCACCAUCACUAUCGCCUGGCUAUUCGGCUUCGGCCUUUCGUCCGCGUUCGGCUACAUGAUCGGGGCUAUCGGCGGCCAUUUUACCUUCUGGAUCUUUGCUGCGGCGUGUCUGAUCGCGUUUGUGUAUACGAUAUUCUUUGUGCCCGAAACGAGGGGCAAGUCUUUGGUGGAGAUACAGGAGAUGUUGAACAGAUGAUCUUUUGGUUAG